ACCGUGUUGCAAGUUAGCUCAGUGUCUUCUCUCUUGGGCGCCCUUCGUGUGCGCCGUGCUCAACGCCUGCCGCCUAAAGUCUCUGAGGUCGGAUGUACCGUUGCACGCAGGCUGUGCUGGCGUACGGCCAGACCGGGUCUGGGAAGACAUUCACUAUGGGCACCAGCUGCGCAUCUCGAGCCAUGGCGGAGGACACCGGUAUCAUACCGCGCGCUGUCCAGGACAUUUUCGCUGCCGUCGGCGAAUGUCGGGCCAGCAAGGACUUCCUGGAGAUCUACAAGGAGGACAUCCUCGACCUCCUCAGAAGCCAGGAUCCACUCGCCACCUGCGAGGACAACAGAAGUGGAGUUGAAGGAACCUGGCGCCAACGACGUGACCACGUCAAAGUUCCAUCUUGUGGACCUCGCCGGCUCGGAACGGGCCAGCAAGACCAAGGCUGUCGGCGACCGCUUCCGCGAGGGCGUGCAGAACAACCUGGGGAACGUCAUCAGCGCGCUGUGCGACGAGAGCGGCCACAUCCCGGGAUUCAAAGCUGACACGUCUCCUCCAAGGGGCGGCACACCGUCAUGAUAGCGUGUGUGAGCCCGGCCGACUACUAUUGCGACGAGACCCUGAACACGCUGCGGUACGCGGACCGAGCACGCAAAAUCAAGAACCGGCCCGUCGUGAACCAGGCGGAGAUCCUUCGGCUGAGG